AGCGAAGUGUUUACACCAAAAUGUUGACGUUAGUUUGACGCGGUCAAACGGGCAAAUAAUCUAAAACUCAUCGUCCUCAAAUAAUAUGAAUGACCAGGACGAGAGGUUGGAAUUUAUCUUGUCAUACCUCACCAAAUCCAUAAAGCUAAAGCAGGACAAAUGGAACAAACUGUUAAUGACCGAAGAAUAUAUGAAAAUAAUAGCAAAUUUUUUCAAUGAUCCUAAAGAAAAAAUGAUGAUAUUAACAGUGCUCCUGGGAGGUCCUUUGGUUGUUUAUAAUUCGUUUAACAAAGAUAUUAAGCAGAAAUUUACAUACUUUAUACGAAAAAAGGAAGAAAAAGUAGAAAAUGUGAAUAGUUUUAGAGAUGUGUUAGUCUUUGGUGAUAUGGCCGCAAGGCCUGUAGAGGAGUUGGCUGCUAUUUUAGAUGGAGUCUUUGUCCCUGUACUAUCGAAUCCCCAAAAUCAACACGGGUGGCCUAAAGUAGUAGCAGAUGAUGUUGUUACUCAUGUCAGGAAUUUUAAAGCUACAGUUGAUCAGGUAAAAGGUGCUAUGAAAAGUAUAACAAUCCUACCAAUGCCUCCAGGGAUAUCAAGAGUUUUCGCUGCAGUUCAAAGAUUUCAAACUACUAAAGGUGAAGAUGUCGAUUUCCAUCUGAAAAUAAGCAUGGAAAAUUUUAUAAUGAAAUGGGCAUCUACUGUUAAUGAUAUAUUGAAUCAAUCUUCGAGAUUAGUUUUCACAUAUUCGAAAACUCCGAUUCCAGUGAACGAACUUGAUUUCUGGAUGGGAAGGAACAAAAAUUUGGAAUCAAUCUACGAUCAGCUUAAAGACCCACGAGUUAAAAAGAUGGGAGAAUUUUUACAACUUGUUAAAAGUUCUUAUAUACCCACUUUUAAAACACUUCUAAAGAAAGUAGUUGGUGCGCUUGUUGAAGCUAGAGACAUAUGUUUGCAUCUCAAAGUAUUUAUGCCUUAUGCCGCUUAUUUUGAUGGCGAUUUUUUUGAAAUGGACAAGUUGAUCAAACCAUUACUUCACGUUAUGGCUCUUCUUUGGGUAAAUUCAAAGUAUUAUUCCACUAGCGAAAGAAUUGUAAAUUUAUUCAGGAUGAUCACCAAUUCUUUUCUCGCUUCUGCCGAGAUAGCACUCGAUCCAGGAAAUAUGUUUGCUGGAGAUGCCGAAGAAGUUCAUAAAGUAGUUACGAAAUGUAUAAAACAGUUGUAUAAAUACAUGGAUUGGUUUGAAUAUGUAAGAAAUAAUUUAGACAAUUAUUAUAAGGAUGAAAAUGAACCCAGAAAGGCUUGGAAUUUCCAUAGAAGACAGGUUUUCCAGCGUGUACUAGAUUUUAUCGAACGAGUAGAAGUAGUCGAUAGAGUCGUUCAAAUUCAAAUCGAAUAUGUCAAGCUGGACAGAAUUGAACUUGGCGGUUUGAGAGCAAGAACAUUUGGAGCAAAAAUUGCGGAAAUGAAUGACGAAUUCACCGCGCUUUAUCAACCGUUUGGAAGCAUUUCAUAUGACAUACUGGAUUUGGAGGAUCAUCGUAUAGUAGAAGAGUGUACGCAGUUUGAAGAAAAAGUUAAAGAUUUGGAUAUAAGAUUACUGUCAAUACUUAGUAACUCAUUUGAGGACUGUAUUAACUUGGAUGCCAUUUUUAAAUUUGUUUUAAUAACUGGAGUUCUAAUGAAACGACCGUUAAUCUACGAAGCGAUGAAACCGAAACUUCAAAUUAUUAUCGAUUUGUUCAAUGAGGAACUCGUUAAAGUCAAGGUUUUAUUCGAUGAUGGCAAGAAAUUUGGAAUGCCAAUCGAUAAAUACUUCCCGCCAGUAGCGGGGAAACUAUUUUAUCUCAAUAAACUUCGUGAAAGGAUCGUAACUCCAUUAAGUGGUUUGAAAGAUUGUGAUGAUGAGAUAAAUCAGUGUGAAGAUGCUCAAUAUAUUUACGUAAAAUGCGAACAGUGGUUUAAAAUUUUGGACAAAGAACAAGAAGCCAUCAUGAAAGCGUGGAGCAAACCUGUUUCACAACAAGUAAAUAGGAGUAUGAGUAAAUUCCAACUAUGUAAAGAUCCAGUUAAAUUAACUCUAUCGCUUAAUUUUGAUGAUGAACUAAGAGCCAUUUUAAGAGAAGUAAGGUAUAUGAAAUUGAUAAACAUUCAAACUAUUCCCGAAGAAGCUUUAAUUUUGUUUGCAAAAGUUGAAAUAAUUAAUGAAGCUCUCUUCAAAUUCUUCCGAAUAAUAGAAUGGUACAAUUUUCUGCGUACUUGUACAACUUCGACCGAAUUGGGUUUAAUAACAAAUGAGCUGGGCGAAAUUGAUCUAUUAUUGGAAAAGGUCGUUACAGUUAACACUUGGUAUACUCAUGAUGCAGAGUUGGUUUAUUCCAUAUACGAAUCAGUUAAAAGUUUAAUAGAUCGAGUAAAGCAAGCCCAAACAAAUGUGAAAAAUCUUAUGGCUGAUAUACAUGAAUGGUCCGUCCUUCCCCUAUACGCAAGGAAAGAAGGCAAAAGUGAUAAUUUACUAUAUUUGGAAGAUAAGACAGAAAGAGUUAAUAAACGAUACGAAGGCAUAAAAGCUUCAUCAAGACUGUUGGACGAAGUUAUUUCAGAAAAUUAUUUAUUAUUCUUUAGAAUAGUAGUGGAAGAAUCUCCUCCAGAACCUGAGCCAGAACCGGAACCAGCCGAAUCGGAAGGUAAAAAGAAAAAAAAGAAAGGCAAGAAAAAGAAGAAGAAAGAACCAAAGAAAGCAGAUUCACAAAUUGCUAGAGAACUUGAAGAAGCAGCCAGACUUUUAGAUGAAGAGAAACAAAAAGACAAAGAAGCCUACUUAUGGAUAGCUUACUUGAAAGAAAUCGAUGACCUUUUAAGAAAUGCAAUUGUGGAAUCUGUAGACAUCAGUGUAUCAUAUUUCUUAAAAGAAACUGGUGAUUUGAAGCCCACAAUACCUUUCACGGAGAUAAUAAUGGAAUUACACGAUAUCGAUAUCGUAUAUAUUCCAUCAGCAAAUAUUGAAGAUGAAGACAAUUUCUUGGUACUCAUGGAAGAAUUACUUGAUGAUAUUUAUGGAAUGGGAGAACAUAUGAAACGUGCAGAUACAGAGGCGAACGACACCGAUUUUUAUCAUUUGAUUAGAGAAGAAGUAGAUAUUCAAAGAAAGAGCGAUGCGUUUUGUGAAAGAGUUAUAGAUGCAAUGGAAAAAGCCAUAGAUUUUAUCAAAGAUUUUGAUGAAUACGUGUUUUUAUGGACUACUGACCGAGUAAUUUUUCUAGAACAUUUUUUACUUUACGGCAGGCGGUUAACUCCCGAAGAGGUAGAAAUCCAAAAGGACGAGACCAACCCUCGACGCCUAAAAGAAUCUCCACCUACUAUUGAACAAUUUCAAGAAAAGAUUAUUUUCUAUGAAAAUUUAUACCAUAAAGUGGAAGCGAUGCCUGGUGAAAAAAUUUUAUAUGAAUGGUUAAAAAUUGAUGUGAGGCCCUUUCGCCAAGUGAUAUUGAACAAUAUCUGUAAAUGGAGUUUGGUUUUUAAGAAUCAUCUAUAUAAUAAAGUCAUUAAUACGUUAGAGGAGCUGGAUACAUUCAUAACAACAUCUAUCGCGGGAAUGCUGAUUCCGCUCACUGAAGAAGAUUACGAUGGCCUUUUAUCAGUUAUGCAAUGUCUAUUUUCAAUCAGAGAUAGAACAGUGGAAACAGAUGCCCUUUUUGAGCCACUAAAAGCAAUUAUGGACCUGUUGACAGAAUACGGCAUUAUGUUCCCAGAAGAAAUUUAUUUACAAUUUCAAGAUCUUCCAGAUCGAUGGGCUUAUUGUAAAAAGAUUGCUGCAGUAACCAAACAGAACAUUGCUCCACUACAAGCUAUUCAAAUGAUUUCGAUCAAACGUAGACUUCAAGUAUUCGAAAUAAGACAAGAUGUAUUUCGAAACCAUUUUAAAACUUUGCCGUUCUUCAAGUUCAGUUGCAAGAAUGUAUAUAUACUUUUGGACAAAGUUAAUACUCAGAUAGAAUCUAUGGAGCAAGAACGGGAUCAUUUGAAAGAACAGAGCGAUUUGUUCGAGUUGCAAUUUCCUGAUUUUAAAGGUUUGCGAAAAUGUAGAAAGGAAAUAAGGUUAGUGAAGCAAACGUGGGACUUUGCAAUUGUCGUCCUGGGUUCAGUAGAAGAAUGGAAAGAUACGCCUUGGAAAAAGUUGGAUGUUGAAAGCAUGGAACUGGAAUGCAAGAAAUUCGCCAAAGAAAUCCGUAUCAUGGAUAAAAAAGUGAAAGUUUGGAAUCUUUACAUUCAAUUGGAAGCAACUGUUAAAAAUAUGUUGACUUCUCUUAGAGCAGUCACUGAACUACAGAAUCCUGCAAUUAGGGAACGUCAUUGGCUACAAUUGAUGCAAGCAACGAAGGUCAGAUUUGUAAUGACCGACGAAACCACUUUAUCUGAUCUGCUUGCACUGAAUCUUCAUGAGUAUGAAGAAGAAGUAAAAAAUAUCGUAGAUAAAGCUGUUAAAGAAAUGGCUAUGGAAAAAGUUAUAAAAGAACUUAAUAAUACUUGGAAUACUAUGGAAUUCCAAUCAGAUCUACACGAAAGGACUAAAUUGAGGGUAUUAAUGUUGGCUGAAGAAGUUAUAGAAACUUUAGAAGAAAAUCAGGUAGCUCUACAGAACAUGAUGACAUCGAAAUAUAUUGAUUAUUUUAUAACUGAAGUUACUGAAUGGCAGUUUAAAUUAGGAAAUACAGAUCAAGUUUUAAAUGUCUACUUCGAGGUUCAAAGGAAAUGGAUGUAUUUGGAAAGUAUUUUCAUUGGUUCAGAAGAUAUAAGAAAUCAACUGCCAGACGAUUCUAGAAGGUUCGACAAAAUCGAUAGGGAGUUUAAAGAAGUUUUAAGGGAUAUAGGAGCAAACUUAAAUAUUGUGAAAGCUACAAAUAAAACAGGAUUAUAUGAAAAAUUAGAGGAAAUCUUAAAAGAUUUAGUUAUUUGCGAGAAAGCACUUAAUGAUUAUUUGGAUACGAAGCGUUUAGCUUUCCCGAGAUUUUAUUUCGUAUCAUCUGCCGAUUUGUUGGAUAUAUUAUCUAACGGAAAUACACCGGUAUUGAUUCUGCGCCAUCUAACAAAGUUAUUUGAUUCUUUGGCCAAAAUGAUAUUUACUGUCGAACAAGGAAAGGCCACGAAGAAAGCAAAAGCUAUGGUAUCAAAAGAAGAAGAAAUUGUAACGUUUGUAGGUAUAUGUGAUUGUGCAGGCAAAGUUGAAAUUUGGCUCAACAGAGUAAUAGAUAUUAUGAGACUUACUCUUCAUAAUAGUUUUGGAGAUUGUGUAAUAACAUAUGAUGAGAAACCAAGAGAACUAUGGAUCAAUGAUUAUCCAGCGCAGCCUGCCUUGUGCGGUACUCAAAUUUGGUGGACAACUGAAGUAAAUAUGGCGUUUGCCAAACUUGAAGAAGGUUAUGAAAAUGCCUUGAAAGAUUAUUCACGGAAACAAAUAAACCAGUUGAACGCCUUGAUCGGUCUUUUACUUGGCGAUCUAACAUCGCUGGAGCGUCAAAAAAUUAUGACAAUUUGUACGAUUGAUGUUCACUCCAGAGAUGUAGUAACAAAAAUGAUAGCAAUGAAAAUUGAGAACGCGGCGGCUUUUCAGUGGCAAAGUCAAUUGAGACACCGAUGGGAUGAUAAGAAAGAUGACUGUUACGUUAAUAUUUGUGAUGCUGAGUUUGCAUAUACAUAUGAAUAUUUGGGAAAUACUCCUAGAUUAGUAAUUACACCGUUAACUGAUAGGUGUUAUAUAACUUUAACGCAAAGUCUUCAUUUAGUCAUGGGUGGAGCUCCUGCAGGACCUGCAGGAACAGGAAAAACUGAGACAACGAAAGAUCUUGGCAAAGCACUUGGUAUGAUGGUGUAUGUUUUUAAUUGUUCUGAACAGAUGGACUACAAGUCUAUAGGAAAUAUAUACAAGGGACUGGCUCAGAGCGGUUGCUGGGGGUGUUUUGAUGAAUUCAACAGAAUUUCUGUUGAAGUUUUGUCUGUAGUAGCGGUUCAAGUCAAAAGCUUACAGGAUUGUAUUAAAGACAAAAAGAAGACUUUCUUUUUCGAAGGAGAUGAAAUUAAAAUGAUACCUACGAUUGGUUUGUUUAUUACUAUGAAUCCUGGUUACGCAGGUCGAACGGAACUCCCAGAAAAUUUAAAAGCACUAUUUCGGCCAUGUGCCAUGGUGGUACCAGAUUUUGCCUUAAUUUGUGAAAUUAUGUUGGUUGCCGAAGGUUUUAUGGAAGCCAGACUCUUGGCCAGAAAGUUCAUCACCUUAUAUACUUUAUGUAAAGAAUUAUUGAGUAAACAGGAUCACUAUGAUUGGGGAUUACGAGCAAUUAAAUCAGUACUUGUGGUGGCAGGUGCAUUAAAGAGAGGAGAUCGACAAAGACCCGAAGACCAAGUAUUAAUGAGAGCAUUGAGAGAUUUUAAUAUUCCCAAAAUUGUUACUGAUGAUGUAGCGGUAUUUAUGGGACUCAUUGGUGAUUUAUUUCCUGCGCUGGAUGUUCCCAGAAAGAGAAGUUUGGAUUUCGAGAAAAUGUGUAAAAAAACUGCGAUUGAUCUUCAAUUACAACCAGAGGACGCAUUUAUUUUGAAGGUUGUGCAACUUGAAGAGUUGUUUGCUGUAAGACAUUCUGUGUUUAUAAUUGGAUUUGCAGGCACGGGAAAGUCAAUGGUAUGGAAAACUCUAAACAGGACUUAUUUCAACAUGAAAUUGAAGCCAAUGUAUAAUGAUCUGAAUCCAAAAGCAGUCAGCAACGAUGAGCUAUUUGGAGUUAUCAACCCUGCCACUAGGGAAUGGAAAGAUGGUUUAUUUUCCGUAAUAAUGAGAGAUCAAGCUAAUUUGCCCGGGACAGGCCCUAAGUGGAUAGUUUUGGAUGGCGACAUCGAUCCAAUGUGGAUAGAGUCAUUAAAUACUUUAAUGGAUGACAACAAAGUGUUGACUCUUGCCAGUAAUGAAAGAAUUGCUUUAUCCAGGAAUAUGCGACUUUUGUUCGAAAUAGCAAAUUUACGAACUGCCACUCCAGCCACUGUAUCCAGAGCAGGUAUUCUAUACAUUAAUCCUGCCGAUGUAGGUUGGAACCCAUUCGUUACAUCUUGGAUUGAUACCAGAACAAAUCCUAGCGAGAAAGCAACUCUUACGAUACUUUUUGAUAAAUAUAUACCGCCAUGUUUGGAAGUAGUACGAGCAAAAUUUAAAAAAAUUACACCAAUUGUAGAUGUGGCCCAUUUGAACAUGUUAUGUCUAUUACUGGAUUGUUUUAUGACACCAGAAAAUGUGCCACCAGAUUGUCCGAAAGAUUGGUAUGAAAUAUACUUUGUGUUUUCUAUUAUUUGGGCAUUUGGUUCAGCUCUAUUUCAAGAUCAGAUCACAGAUUGGCGAAAUGAAUUCAGCAAAUGGUUUUUAAAUGAAUUUAAAAGCGUAAAGUUUCCACCGGGUGGAAAUGUCUUCAGCUACUACAUAGAAAAAGAAUCGAAAAAGUUUUCUCCAUGGACUGAUUUGGUACAAGAGUUUGAAUUAGAUCACGAGGUUCCCCUGCAAGCAACUCUAGUAAAUACAGCUGAAACUACCAGAAUUAGGUUCUUUAUUGAUCAUUUGAUGGCUAAGAAAUGUCCAGUAAUGCUGGUAGGUCCUGCUGGCAGUGGAAAAACAGUAUGUGUACAGGAAAAAUUAAAUUCUUUAUCGGAAGCUUUCGCUGUUACGAGUGUACCUUUCAAUUUUUACACAAAUUCAGAAAUGCUACAAAGUAUCCUUGAGAAACCUUUAGAGAAAAAAGCAGGUAGAGUAUUUGCUCCUCCCGGAACUAAAACUAUGAUAUAUUUUGUGGAUGACAUGAACAUGCCUGAAGUAGACAAAUAUUAUACUGUCCAACCUCAUACACUAUUAAGGCAAUAUAUGGAUUACCAACAUUGGUACGAUAGAAUAAAACUGUCUAUGAAAGAGAUUCACAAUAUACAGUUUAUAUCAUGUAUGAAUCCGACAGCUGGCUCAUUUACAAUUAAUCCUAGAUUACAAAGGCACUUUUGCGUUUUUUCAGUCGGUUUUCCGUCUCAAGAAGCUUGUUUGCACAUUUAUAACUCUAUCUACAGUCAGCACAUAGCUACUCCAUCAAAAAAAUUCGUUCCCGGUCUCGAAAAAGCUGCUAGUGAUGUAGUUUACGCAGCUUUAUUAGUUCAUUUAAAAACGAGUACCACCUUUUUACCUACAGCUGUAAAGUUUCAUUAUACCUUUACUUUGAGAGACUUAUCGAACAUUUUUCAAGGAAUGCUUUUCGCCACUGGUGACGCUACUAGAACUAGUACCGAUGUGAUGAGGUUAUGGAUGCACGAGGCAAGCAGGGUAUACAAAGAUAAAUUAGUUGAUCGAAGGGAUCAAUUGAAUUGGACUAAAAUGUUGGCGGAUUUGCUCAAGAAAAGUUUUGAUAGUUUAGAUGAAAAUUUGGUUUUCCAACAACCAUUAAUAUUUUGCCACUUCGCCGAUGGUAUUGGUGACCCAAAAUAUAUGCCUAUACAAGAUUUUCCACAACUUAGUCGUCUUCUUAAUGAGGCUUUGUCAGGCUAUAAUGAUCUUGUAGGUUCUAUGAAUUUGGUUCUAUUCGAAGAUGCUAUGUAUCAUAUUUGCCGUAUCAAUCGUAUAAUGGAAUCGCCAAGAGGAAAUGCUUUACUAGUAGGAGUGGGCGGUUCCGGUAAGCAAUCGCUUAGCCGAUUAGCUUCCUUUAUUUCAUCAUUUGAAGUGUUUCAAAUUCAAUUAAAAAAAGGUUAUUCUAUGGCCGACAUGAAAGCGGAUAUAGCGAGUUUAUAUAUUAAGAUUGGUCUUAAAAGCAUAGGUAUAACGUUUCUAAUGACCGAUGCUCAAGUACCGGAAGAAUCUUUCUUAGUCCUUGUUAACGAUAUGCUAGCUUCUGGAGAAAUAAAUGGUCUUUUAACCGAUGAAGAGGCAGAAAACGUCAUAAAUACAGUUCGAGGCGAAGUUAAGGGAAUGGGAUUACAAGACACUAGAGAAAAUUGUUGGAGAUUUUUCAUUGAUCGAGUGAGAAAAUUAUUAAAAAUUGUUCUAUCAUUUUCUCCUGUCGGUUCAAUCUUAAGGGUGCGAGCUAGAAAGUUUCCAGCUUUGGUUAAUUGCACUUCCAUCGACUGGUUUCAGGAAUGGCCUCAAGAAGCUUUACAAUCUGUUUCGAGCAGGUUUUUGGCUGAAAUAGCAGUUCUACCCGAAAGUUUAGCUGAAUCUGUUUCUUUAUUUAUGUCUUACGUUCAUACUGUAGUAAAUGAUAUAUCUGGACAGUAUCUUUUGAACGAGAAAAGGUACAAUUAUACAACUCCCAAAUCUUUCCUGGAACAAAUCGAUUUAUACAGCAAGUUACUUACAGAAAAAACACACGGGGUGGUGAAUAAUAUUUACCGAUUAGAAAACGGUAUAACAAAAUUAGUUUCAACUGGUGAAGAGGUAGAUGGUCUCAAAGAAGUUUUAGCAGUUCAGGAGGUAGAAUUGACUGUUAAAAAUGAAGCUGCAAGUAAACUUAUUGCCGUAUUAGCUGCUGAGAAUGAAAAAGUGGCUGGUGAACAAGCUAUCGCUACUGAAGAAGAAGGUAAGGUAAGACAGAUUGAAGAGGAUGUAUUAAAUAAAGCGAAAUUGUGCGAGGAAGAUCUGGCUAGAGCUGAACCUGCUUUGAUGGCGGCUCAAGAAGCACUGAAUACUCUAAAUAAAAAUAAUCUAACGGAAUUAAAAUCUUUUGGUUCUCCUCCCGAAAUUGUGAAGCACGUUUGCGCAGCUGUAUUAAUAUUGUUUUCUAAAAAGGGAAAAAUUCCCAAAGACAGACAAUGGAAAGACUGUAAACUGAUGAUGAAUAAAGUUGAUGAUUUUCUAAAUAACCUUAUAAAUUAUGACAAAGAUAAUUUGGCUGCUGAGGUAGUAAAAGUCGUUAUGGAAUAUGUAAAAAAUCCAGAAUUUCAACCCGACAAAGUAGCUACAAAAUCACUGGCCGCUGCUGGGCUUUGCUCGUGGGUUCUGAAUAUCCUAAAAUACUACGAUGUUUUUCAAGUUGUAGGCCCUAAAAGAAGAGCACUAACCCAAGCUACUAAAGAUUUAAACGCAGCUAGAGACAAAUUACACGAACUUCAUGAAAAACUAGGUAUUCUUGAAGAGCAAUUAGGUCUCUUAAAGGCUGAUUAUGACGAUGCUAUAAACGAAAAAAUGAAAUGUCAAGCUGAAGCAGAUGCAACAAAUAUGAAAAUAGAUAUUGCUAAUCGUCUUGUAGGAGGUUUAGCAUCAGAAAACGUGCGUUGGCGUCAACUAAUAGAGGAUUAUAAGUUAAUGAUAAUUACUUUACCUGGUGACAUUUUGCUAGUCACAGCAUUCAUCUCGUACGUAGGUUGUUUCACAAAGAAUUAUCGUGUCGAUAUGGUUAAUAAGUUUUGGAUUCCAUAUUUGGGUACAAUGGACAUGCCCAUUCCAAUGACUGAAGGUUUGGAUCCUUUAUCUUUAUUAACGGAUGAUGCCUCAAUUGCAGCGUGGAAUAAUGAGGGCCUACCGACUGACCGUAUGUCAACGGAAAAUGCUUGUAUUUUAACGAAUUCUGCUAGAUGGCCUUUGAUGAUUGAUCCUCAAUUCCAGGGAGUUAAAUGGAUUAAAACAAGAUAUGCGAGCGAAUUGACCACAGUAAGACCGACAGCCAGAGGAUAUAUAGAUAAAUUAGAAAAAUGCAUUACAGGAGGACAGAUUUGCCUUCUAGAAAAUAUUGGAGAAAAUUUAGACGCUGUUUUAGAUAAUGUACUUGGAAGGGUUUUGGUGAAGAAAGGAACUAUCGUAAGAGUUGGUGACAAGGAAGUUGAUUGGAAUCCGAAUUUCAAAUUGAUUCUCCACACCAAAUUGGCAAAUCCGCAUUACAAACCUGAAAUUCAGGCGCAAGCGACAUUGAUUAAUUUCACCGUCACUCGCGAUGGUUUAGAAGAGCAACUUCUAGCAGAAGUGGUGAAAGCAGAACGGCCCGAUUUGGAUGUUAAGAAAUCGGAAUUAACCAAACAACAAAAUAAUUUUAAAAUUACUCUUAAAAAUUGUGAAGAUAACUUACUAUAUAGAUUGUCUUCUGCUACUGGUAAUAUUCUAGAAGAUGUUGAAUUGGUUACUAAUUUAGAAGUUACAAAAAAGACGGCUAUGGAAAUUGCAAUAAAAAUGGAAGAAGCCAAAAUUAAUACGAUAAAAAUUGAUGAAACAAGAGAAUUUUAUCGUCCUUGUGCAGCUAGAGCUUCUCUUCUAUACUUUAUUCUAACCGAUUUAAAUAGAAUUAAUGCUAUAUACCAAUUCUCUUUGAAAGCUUUUAGUGUUGUUUUUAUAAAUGCUUUAGCUUUGGCCCCUCCUGCAGAAACAUUAGAAGAACGAGUCGCAAACCUAUUAGAUAGUAUUACUUUUGCAGUAUUUAUGUACACUUCUAGAGGAUUGUUCGAAAGAGAUAAAUUAACGUUUACGGCUCAAAUGGCAUUUCAAAUAUUACUUAACCAAGGUGAAUUGGAUCCUAUAGAACUUGACUUCUUAUUGAGAUUUCCCGCCCAGGUUGGUCUAAUAUCUCCCGUUGACUUUUUAAGCAAUAUUUGUUGGGGUGGUAUCAAAGCUUUGGCCGAUUUAGCUGAAUUUCAGAAAUUGGACAAAGAUGUCACAGGAUCUGUUAAACGUUGGCAGAAAUUUGUAGACAGUGAAUGUCCCGAAAAAGAAAAACUGCCUGGAGAUUGGAAAAAUAAGACACCCCUCGAGAGACUUUGCGUAAUGCGUUGUUUAAGACCAGACAGGAUGACUUAUGCAGUAGCCACUUUUAUCGAAUUGAGUAUGGGAAGUAAGUACGUUACCGCAAGGAGUGUUGAGUUUUCUAAAUCUUAUGAAGAAACCAGUUCUUCAACUCCCGUGUUCUUCAUCCUAUCACCUGGUGUUAAUCCUUUAAAGGACGUGGAAGCUUUGGGAAAAAAAUUGGGAUUUAGUUUCGACGCACGAAAUUUUCACAGCAUCUCUUUGGGGCAAGGUCAAGAGGUUGUAGCCGAAAGUGCAAUGGACGUUGCCGCUGUACAUGGUCACUGGGUCAUUUUGCAAAAUAUUCAUUUGGUCGCCAGUUGGCUUGCUAAUUUGGAAAAAAAGAUGGAACAAUGUGCUGAUGGUGGAAAUGAAAAUUACAGGUUAUAUCUUAGUGCUGAACCAGCAGGAGAUCCUCAAGUAUGUGUCAUACCUCAAGGAAUUCUAGAAUCUUCUAUUAAAAUCACCAAUGAACCCCCUACAGGUAUGUUCGCCAAUUUACACAAGGCACUGGAUAAUUUUAGUCAGGAAACUUUAGAGAUGUGCAGUAAAGAGUCUGAGUUCAAGGCAAUACUCUUUGCGUUGUGCUAUUUUCACGCGGUAGUAGCAGAAAGAAGAAAAUUUGGACCUCAGGGAUGGAAUAGAAACUAUCCUUUUAACGUAGGUGAUCUGACCAUCAGUGCAGCGGUUCUGUACAAUUAUCUGGAAAACAAUACCAAGGUGCCUUGGGAGGAUUUGCGUUACCUUUUUGGAGAAAUAAUGUACGGAGGUCACAUUACUGAUGACUGGGACCGUAGAUUAUGUAGAAGUUACCUCUUAAACUAUAUGCAACCCGAACUCCUUGACGGAGAACUCUUGUAUGCUGAAGGUUUUCAAUGUCCUCCAAACUUGGAUUACGCAGGAUACCACAAAUACCUGGACGAUAGAUUGCCUCCUGAGAGUCCUUAUUUAUAUGGGUUACAUCCCAAUGCUGAAAUAGGAUUUCUAGCUACUACUUCUGAGAAUAUGUUCCGAACUAUUUUUGAAAUGCAGCCUAGAGAUUCUGGAGCUGGCGGCGGUGUUGGAGUUUCAAGAGAAGACAAGGUUAAAUAUACCCUAGAAGACAUUCAAGACAGAUUACCAGAGAGAUUCCCAGUUCAGGAAAUGAUGGCCAAAGUCCAAGAUAAAACUCCCUAUAUUAUUGUUGCAUUCCAGGAAUGUGACAGAAUGAACACUUUAACAUCGGAAAUGAAAAGGUCACUACAUGAAUUAGAAUUAGGCUUAAAGGGGGAAUUAACGAUAACUCCGGACAUGGAAACUUUGGAAGCUGCUCUUUUCUUAGACCAAGUUCCGGAGACUUGGUCAGUCAAGGCGUACCCCAGCAUGUUACCUUUAGGUCAGUGGGUAAGCGAUUUGAGUCUUCGCAUACAAGAACUCAGUCUCUGGCUAGCUGAAUUUUCGAUGCCACCGACUGUUUGGUUAGGAGGUUUCUUCAAUCCCCAGUCAUUUUUAACUGCCAUCAUGCAACAAACGUCCAGGAAGAAUGAAUGGCCUUUGGAUAGAAUGUGUCUUGUUACGGAUGUCACUAAAAAACAGAAAGAGGAUUUUUCCGCGCCUCCGAGAGAGGGAUCUUAUGUUAGCGGACUUUAUAUGGAGGGAGCUAGAUGGGAUAUUAAUCAGAAUACCAUGGCAGAUUCUAAACUUAAGGAAUUGUUUCCUGUAGUGCCUGUAAUUUACAUUAGGGCUAUAACACAAGAUAAGCAGGAUCUGAAAAAUAUGUAUGAUUGUCCUGUGUAUAAGACAAAAAUGAGAGGACCAACAUUUGUCUGGACUUUUAACUUAAGAUCUAGAGAAAAUCCGCUUAAGUGGGUUUUAGCUGGUGUGGCAAUAUUACUACAAAUAUAAUUUAUCCACCCGUUUUAGACAUGUUAUUUUUGUUAAACUGUUUGUUUAUUUUAUGAAAUAAAUGUUUUAAUUAUGUUAA